UUUUUACGAAAAAAAGGCUAUGGUCUCUCUCUCUCUAGCGAACUCAACUGCCGCUCCGUGUUCAACUCGCGUUUUUAGCAGCCUUUGCAUCUAAGGAGACGAAUCAUCAAACACGAAGAACACACGCAGAUAUCUAAAAAAGAAAAAGAAAAAGGAGAAAAGAACUCAAGCGACGAAAUGCACGCGUAACACGCUGUGUUGAUGAUAGAGACAAUUCGAUCAAUCAACUUCUGAUCUGUACUUAUCAUUGCAAAUAUCGAUUCUUUCAUUCUGGGAUUUUACCUGUCUUGUGGCCUUCCUUUUCUCGAAUUGAGAUCUUCUUGUUUCGUCUCGCCUAGUGGGAAUCCUCCGAUUCUUUCUCGUUUCUUGAUUUCUGUUUGGAAUUGCGCCGCCGCCCCAAUUGAAUUUUCUCAGGAUGAACGACGUUGACGAUUCUUUCGUGAUGUAAUAUGGAACUUGUGACUGUGGCGAACACAUACGAACAUGUCGCUUUACAUUGGUCGGGAGGCUUCAAAGCUUUGGAAGAGAUUCUGUGCAGAGAUUACAGCAGAGAUCAAGCUUCUUGCGGAGAAUUGGAAGUAUCUUCUGGGAGGUUUACUCUGUCAGUACAUCCAUGGAUUGGCUGCUCGAGGGGUUCAUUACUUCCACCGCCCUGGACCUGUCCUGCAGGAUGUUGGGUUCUUUCUUCUGCAUGAACUUGGUCAAGACAAGGCUUACAUCAGUGAGACAGUAUUCACUUUCAUCUUUCUAUCUUUUUUUCUUUGGACUUUCCAUCCAUUCAUCUUAAAGAGCAAAAAAAUCUACACUGUUCUAAUUUGGUGCAGGGUUUUGGCUUUCUUGGUUGCUUCUCAGUUUCUUCGCAUAAUAACUUUCUAUUCUACUCAACUUCCCGGUCCAAAUUAUCAUUGUCGUGAGGGUUCAAAGCUUGCAACACUUCCCCGUCCUGAUAGCAUCUUAGAAUUUCUAGUUAUUAAUUUCCCUCGUGGAGUACUUUAUGGUUGUGGGGAUCUUAUAUUCUCUUCUCAUAUGAUAUUUUCUUUGGUCUUUGUCCGAACGUAUCAAAAGUAUGGCACACGUAGGUUGAUUAAGCAAUUUGCAUGGUUAUGUGUUGUUGCCCAAAGUUUCUUGAUUGUCGCUUCUCGCAAACACUACACAGUUGAUGUUGUCGUGGCUUGGUACACAGUGAAUUUGGUGAUAUUUUUUGUUGAUAAGAAAUUACCAGAAUUGGCAGAUCGGUCUGGAUCAGCAACGUUCUUGCUACCGUUGACCAAGGACAACAUCAAGACGAAAGACGAGAACCACAAACUUUUGAAUGGGAAUUCUAGAGAUCUUGUUGGACCGGAGGUUUAGCUAAGCUAGAAGAACCAACCCAUUGCACGGUGAAGGGUUGUUCGUUGUUGAUGGAACGAAGGGCGUGUUUGGGGGACCAACUAGUUAGGAAGACCAAUGCCAACUUCUGUGGUUUGGGUAAAUUUUGGAAUUUGUAUAGUGCGUAGGAAAAUGAUCGAAUCAAGGGAGGUUAAUGAUCUCUUUCUCACUCAAUAUUCAUGUUGUUGAUUAUCAUAUGGUUGGGUUAGUCAUGUUGAUUGAUGUAAAGCAGCAUUACCUACUAUGGAAUUGUAGUUUCUUCAUUCAAGCACAACAAUUAUUCCCCUCUAUGAGGAUGUUUG